AUGAUGCCGAAGUCAACCCUCAAACAAAGUUCACUAAGCAAAGCUCUCGUUCAUGCCACUGUCCAAUUGACUGCUCCGUCUGUUAUAUCAACCAAUGCGAUACCUACCAGAUUACACUCGUAUGCAACUACCGAUGAGAUAUCUUUCGGAAGAAAAAUUAGAUGCAAUCUUUCGUCACUGACAAUGGCAUUUUCAAAAUACUCUCAUUUAAAUAAACAAAAACGACGACGUGAUGUAACUACGCAAACAUCCAUCCAUAUAAACGAACAACAACCGAACCAUUGUGAUAAUAACGUGAAAGAAGACAUGACAGCUACGCUCUCAUCUUCAUCACCGAAAGAUUACUUAUUUCCUUUGCAACAUUUUCCAUAUUCCCGAUCAUUGAGUUGCUCGUCGCCCAAACAUGCACAUUUAAAAACAACUAGAUUAGUUGAUAUUUGGCAAGGAUUUCACACUGAUGACCUACCAUCAUCGACGUCAUCACUUUUUGAUCCAAUCUAUUUUGAAGAACGUGUGAGAAGAACGGCUCCUCAAUGGAAAGCUUGUGCUAAAGUCGUCACAUCCCUACUUACAUUUACUCGAACAAAAAAAGAACGGUACGAAUGGAUGCAACUCGUUGGUCAUCCUGGAACAUUCAAGGAAGGUACUCAUGAUGGCUAUGUGCUAAAAGCGUUGUGCGAACAUGAACGGUAUUGUUGUGAAUUGUUACAAAACGAUGUUUUGAGCAAGUUCGUGCCAAAAUACAAUGGAACUAUUUCCGAUGACGAAGGAAAUUCUUUCAUUGAAAUGGAAGAUCUUCUGGCUUCGUUUCAUGAACCGUGUAUCAUGGAUUGUAAAAUCGGUGUGCGAACAUAUCUCGAAGAAGAAUUGGACAAGUCUGAACGUGAUCCAAAACCACGAACUGAUUUAUAUCAUAAAAUGAUUGCGAUUGAUCGAUUGGCUCCAACAGAACAGGAACAUGAAGACGAAAAAGUGCUCAAAUCGAGAUACAUGAUCUGGCGAGAAAAUAUGAGUUCAAGUCAAGAUUUAGGUUUUCGCAUUGAAGCUAUCAAAAAAUCUCGUGGUUUGAUGUCGAAAGAGUUCCAACGUAUUAAAGACCGUGAUGAUGUGAAAAAACAAUUAACUGAAUUCAUUGCCGAAUCGCCAACACGUGCUAACGAAUAUCUUGAACGACUUCUUGAUCUACGUUCAGCAUGUGUUCGUUCCAAUUUCUUUCAAACUCAUGAGUUAAUUGGCUCGUCACUCCUCUUCGUUCACGAUGGAAAGAAAACGUCCAUUUCGAUGAUUGAUUUUGGUAAAACCCGACCUUUGCCCAAAGACGUGUCUAUCACACAUAAUCAACCAUGGAUACGUGGGUCACAUGAAGAUGGAUAUCUACUUGGUUUGGAUAAUCUAAUAUCCUUAUUUCAAGACAUAAUUUAUGAUCUACAAAUUUAA